AUGCAAGACAUGUUGGACAGAGUUUCCAUCUUUCUAGUUUGUGUUACUUCAUUUAUUCUGCACAAAGGUCUAGCUGCUACUUUUGAUGUCACUGAUUAUGGUGCAAUCGGAGAUGGAGUAACUGAUGAUUCUCAAGCUUUUCAACAAGCUUGGCUAGAUGUAUGCUAUGAUUGUGAAAAUCCAACGAUGAACCUACCAAGUGAAAAGUUAUUCUUGUUGAGCCCUAUAAUAUUUCAAGGCCCUUGCAAUUCUCCCACUAUUAAUAUACAGGUUUUAGGGAAUAUCACUGCACCCCAAAAUUUAACAGAAUGGGUAGGGUGUGAAAAUGAUAGUUGGCUUUAUUUCACUGGGAUAUCUGGUCUCAUCAUCAAUGGCACUGGUCAAAUUAAUGGUCAAGGUGCUACCUGGUGGAACAUUUCUGGUUCCGCUCACAAGGUCAGUGGGACUUGCCACAAGCCAACGGCUAUGCACUUUAAUUUUUGUAAUGAUCUUCAAUUGAGUGGACUGAACCUUGUUAAUAGUUCAAGAAACCAUAUUAGCAUCACUUUUAGCACAAGGGUAAAUAUCUCCAAUAUCACUAUAACUGCACCUGAAGAUAGCCCCAACACUGAUGGUAUUGACCUCUCUAUGUCUACUACUCAAGUUCAAAUUCUGAAUUCCACAUUUCAAACAGGUGAUGAUUGUAUUUCGAUCAAUACGGGAUGUUCUGAUAUUAAUAUUACUGGUAUUUCAUGUGGACCGGGACAUGGUAUAAGUGUAGGAAGCCUAGGAUUUAAUGAGACUUUUGCUGCUGUGGAGAAUAUAAAUGUAACAAAUUGUACCCUCCAAGGAACACAAAAUGGUGUAAGAAUCAAAACAUGGCAGGGUGGUAUGGGCUAUGCCAGAUUUAUAAAUUUUGAGAAUAUCAACCUCACAAAUGUUCGUCAUCCCAUCAUUAUAGACCAAUUCUAUUGCAAUGGUGCUCAUAAUUGUGGAAUUGAGCCAAAUGCAGUCCAAGUGAGUAAUGUAACAUACAAGGAUAUAUUUGGGACAACACCAAGCAAAAUAGCUAUAAAUCUGAAUUGCAGUGACAACUGUACAGCUUGCACCAACUUAGUGUUUGAGCAAAUUAAUAUAACAUCAGUUUUGCCUGAAAAACAAACUCGUGCAGCUUGUAAUAAUGCUCAUGGACAAGCCAAUUCAACUUUACCCCCAAUAACAUGCUUGUUAACAUAA